AUGGCGCCGAGAAAAGGACAAAGCGAAAACCAAAGCCAAAGGCAAAGCAAGAGUCAAAGUCAGAGCAAGAGAAAAGCAGACGCUUUAAACGUUCCGCAGCCUGGACAAGACGCGGCAGAGCGGAAACGGGUGCUGAAUGUGCUUGCGCAGAGAAGGUACCGGCAGCGACGCAAAGAGCAUUUUGAGAAACUUGAAGCACAGGUGUCGGGUGCACCGUUGGCGGCAGCGGCCGCAGAGGAGGGCGAGGAAAGACCAUCAUGGAUCGGCGGCGGUGGCAUAAUGUGCUACAACGGCACGCAAUCUCAGAGCCACGAACCGCUACAACUAACAACAAGAAAUGACCCAAAUGCUACUGUCAUCAACAAGGGGUCUAUGGAUCCAUUUGACUCGUCCCUGAUCAUUAACAACAGCAAAAGGGCAAUCAAUGUCGACAUUGAGAUUUGCGACGACAACGAGCUGGACUUUGCUGCAACGUUUCUGCCACCUGAUAUCGAACUCGGACAUGGAGCACUGGGCGAAAGCCAGAUCUUCACGAUCGACAAUGGUGGCGACGAUGGAAAUAGAGCAGAAGAAGAAGAGUCCCAAGCGAAACAAGGAGAAGGACACCGGAGAGGUGCAAAUGGAACCGAAGACCUUUUUGCGGCGUUCGACGAGCAGCAGCAGCACCAUAACCACAACCAACACCUUCUCGUCGCGGACAAUCAAUACUUUCUCAUGUCAUCGCCAAUGAUGCUCCCAUCGCUCGUCAGCCCUUCUGAUUCAGAUACUACCACUACACAGUCUUCUUCCAUCAUCGAGAAUCCAACGUCGUGGUGUGCAGGUCUCUUACCGCCGCCAUCGCCACGGCAAGCGGUCGACACUGAUUACUCAACCCAUGCGGACGCUGAGGAUUUCCAGUUUCCUCCUCCUGGUCUUCUUCCCAUGUCGACGGCCCCCGUUGGGGGCGCAGAUCCAGUCCCUCGCACGAAUACGAACUACAAUCACAAUCGACGUUACACUUUCCCCGACGAAAUGCACAUCCAGGUUGCCGAACUCGACCUGCUGCGCGGGUGCAUGUCAAUCGCGCAGCGUCUUCAGAUUCAAGACAUGAUAUGGUCGCUGACCUCGCUGUCACCGUUCGCUGACUCUGCGUCUGCAUCUGCCGAUGAGAUAGUCGGAUCGGGGCCCCGUUCACCACCUACCGCCGCCGCGGCGAUCCGUCUCCAGCAGUACGGACAUCUCCCUCCGAACCUGCGCCCGACCCAGGCUCAACUCAGCAUUCCGCACCACCCGGCCAUCGACGUGCUCCCGUGGCCCAGCGUCAGAGACAGGCUGAUACACGUCCUGGCCCAACCGCCAGAGUACCGACCGACGGGCGCCCAGAGUCCCAUGGCCCUCGUGGAUUUCGUCUACGACAUCGAAGAUCCCGCAGAGGGCGUUCGCAUAAGCGGGAAUGAUCCGUACGACGCUCAGAAUUGGGAAGUCGGCGAGAAAGUGUUCAAGGGGUGGUGGUGGUGCUUCGAUCGCGAGAUUGUAACGAGGACAAACGAACUAAGGAGGGCGAGAGGUGCAGCCACACUGGGAUUCGGUACGAUGGGGAGUGUCCUUGGGGAGGCUUCUGAUUGA